AUGCCUCCAGCUCUACAUCGCAAAGCGGGUGAGAGCGACAGGAAUUACUGCGAAGGCCAUGGACUGAUUGAUAUGCUGCAGAGACAAUGCCCCAAAUGCCAGCACGGCCAGGUAAGACCCAAUCCAUACGCGGCAAGACAUCAUUGUAAACUGGGGCUGAGGCAUACUAUCAGUGAUCCUAUCAUCGAAAUCCCAGAGACAUUGUCUCCCAUGACCGCUCGCAAGAUGCAGGUGUACACGUCGGAUGUGUGGAGUCUCCUUCCACCUCAUGAAGAAUUGAUCCAGGGCUGUCGGAUCUUUGUCACUACAUGCAUCCAGAUUGGAUUUACUCCUCGAGCAUUGUUUCUAGAGCAACUCGAGAACGAUCGCAGGUCCGUCAAUGUGUUCCUCCUCGUCAGCAUGCUCGCAAUAUCAGCUCGCUUCACGCCGGCUUUAUGCAAACGAUUCGGCGGCAGCAGUCAGGCGUCCGAGUUCUUCGCUGAGAUCGCCCAUACCAUGAUAGCCGACGAGAUGUGGGAAACGUGUCUGGAGAACGCACAGGCAUUCUUCCUGCUCGGUAUGGCAGAUUGGGGCAAAGGUGACCGCGCUCGAAGUUCCAUCAACAUGGGAAUCGCGGUACGUAUGGCUGGAGUUCUUCGGCUACAUCGAGAGGAAACUUACAGCCUACCCCCGGAUGCUUCGCCGACUGAUGUCGUCGAUGCUGAACGCGCAAGACGGACGUUUUGGGUCAUUCAGAACCAUGACAAUCUCUACACUCAAAAACACCUACCAGCGUCCUUUGCGAAGUCAGACAUCACAACAUUGUUACCGAGCAGUGAGGACGAUUUUGCUUUUGGCCGGGUGCCUCAAGUCCGUGCCGCCCUGGCCGGUACGAAGCCAGCGCAACAGGAUCCGUCAUUAGUAUUGAUUCCGUCGCGAUCCUUGUUCGCUACUCUCGUUCAAGCACACGACUUCUGGGGAACGAUUGCCCGGGACUUCUCCCAGGACGAAAACGCCAACACGAGCGUGGAGAUGCAGCCUUGGGUCCCGGACAGUCGUUAUAGGAAAGUCACGGAAAGUCUGAAUCAAUGGGAGCAGAACAUGCCGGUGGAACACCGUUGGUCGGCGUGGAACCUUCGGGGUUUCAAGGCACAACAUGUGGAACUAGCAUAUCUGUCUAUCGUCUCCAUCAUGAAACUCAACCACGUUGUCCCACGCCGCCUGUAUUUGGAAAGCAUAGUUGCCAAAGUUCUUGGUCACAGAGCCAACGACAACGCUCCACAGGGUUUCUGGGAACAAAUGUCAUUCGAGCUAUUUUCAAACGUUUGGCAACUGUACGAAAUCAUCGACGCCUUCUUUACUACAAGAUCUUCUGACGACGGUUUCCCUGCCAUGCUGGCGUUCUGCGUCUACAUUUGCGGCUCACUUGCCUCGUACCUCGUCCGAUGGCCACAGCUGUGCCGCGAGUUAUCUGUGUCUGCGAGCACAACACUCGACAGAGCCCUGGAGAUCUUGUCGACGUUGGAGGAGAAAUGGCCGACGGUACACGAUUGGACGCUGGUUCUACGGAAACUUUCAGAACAGCCAGCCAGCCGAGAGAGCGAGGCUCUGCGUGAUAUCACCUCCCAAGAAUCUUUCCUGAACUCGGCAGCCACAAGCAAAACUCCGCGUAUGACGCCUCGUGCGGUCCCUCGAACCUCCCUUGAACGUAUGCACGAGUGCCGUACCACAAACUCUGGUGCUCCGGCUCGCACAUCGAUUGAUAAUCACCCGCAACACCACCAUAGCGUGCCUAUUGCGGACAGACAAUCACCCAUGCGGCCCGUUGAGCCAUUCGAUCACCAGCAGCCGCCACCGCGGCCGCAAGCACCCGCCCCGACCAAUUUCCUCGAUCUCCUCAGCGAUGCAGCAGCCCUAGGCUCAGAUCGUCCUCGACCGCAGCCUGCUGAAUCAUCAUACUACAGCCAGAGGCAAGCCGUGGAGCCAAUUCGACGCAGUGUCACCGAGGAACCGGCACAGCAGCCUCAAGCUUCCGGAUCCCGACAGCAGUUCACCCUGCCAGAUUUCAGCACGUUUGAGAUGCUCCAUGACUCUUUCGACAAUGACAUGGCUGAUUUUGUGCAUGGCUAUGUGCACAUGGGCUGGGGUGACUGGCAAGUGUGA